UUCAGGUUAAUAUUUAGGUCAAAGGUAUACAAUAUGGCGACAAAAACACUUCUGUUAGCCAUUAGCAAUGUACUCUUUUUCGUCAAAACGGUGUCUGCAUACUACUGUAACAAUGACCGGUGCAAGGAGACAGAAUACUGUUGUGGCAACAACAUCUGUUGUGCAUCAUACACAGUCUGGCAACUGUGGUACUUCUGGUUUGGUAUUGUGCUGUUUCUGGUGAUGCUGUUUAUGUGUGCCUGCCUGUGGAAAUACAGAUACAGGGAUCGCCUCCUUAUCAAUGCUUACAGACACAUGGCCAACAACCAGACAGACAAGCCGGGCCAAUUUAACUUUAUCACGUCGGAGACAGCAGCUCCCAACCAGUCACAAGGAAAAUACUACCCCAUACAGCACAACCCACCACCCACAUAUAAUGAGGCAACAGAUGGACACUUCGAAAAGGCUUGAUCACAGUGUUCCACACUAACGACGCCUUACACAGAUACACUCAUUCACUUACAUGUUUAAAUGCAAUGGUCAUCAUGUAGUACUGGUUUUGUUGAACAAUUUAUAGCAAUGCUUUGUUGGUUUGUUUUUUAGCUCAUCUGGCAUAAAUUAUCUAUGAGCUUUAUAUGCAAUGGCACAUCAUCUUUCUAUCGUCAACAUUUCCCUCUGAGGAAUCGUAAAAGACCUACAGGUAUAUUGCUUUGUCUGUAGUUUCCUGCGAUGAAGGGCUAACACUUUUGUUCAAAUAAACGGCUUUUAUGAACAUGAAAUGUCCCAUUUAUGUCGAAUGUGUUAAAACUUGCAAUUACUUCCUCAAAAGUAUGAGGUCUACAGUCAUGAUAUUUGCUCUUUAGGUGGCUAGUUUUAGGAUUUUAAAUACAUUUUGCCAACACCACUAAAUAACAGGUGAGUGGUGCAUGCCCAUUGGGCAUUUUGUUAAAAUUGAUUUCUAGACAGCGAUCCUCGGGCCUCUCAGUCUGACUCUGUCUAGUAAUUCUCUGUUCAGGGUAAUGACUCUACGAUCUGGUUAGUGUCUCUUUGAGCUGGUGAUUCUACCCUAGUUGGAAGUCAUACACUUACAAUUUUAAAUUUAACUCGGUCACCCCUGAAAUUUCAUAAUGAACUAUCCCAACCUUUGAUUUGGAAGAGUUAAAAUGUGUCUUCAGGGGUGAAUGAGUUAAUAAUCACUUAGAAUCAGCUGAAAAUUGUGAGCACUAUAUUUCCUAAAAGUAGGUAUUGCGCUUUAUUUUGGGAGUUGGAUUUCAUGAGCAUUUUUCUUCAAGGUCAAGUUACAUAAUUUUUUGAUCAUUAGAAAUUUUAAGCACGGAAGGGAAAGUUAACAAAGCUUGAUCAUGCUAGUAGUAUAGAGGAAAGUAUAGGCUUUCAUUUGAUCACCUUUGUAUUUGGAUAUCUUUUUCUUCUGGAUUACAGAUUUUGAUAUUUGCUUUAGUUUUCUGUUUUUAUUAGAUGGUAAGGGACCAUAGGAAUGGCUGACAACUACUCCCAGUAUAAUUGUUCAUUGACCUUCACACACAGACUAACCUGUAUGUUAAUUUUGUGUGUGCGAUACAUUUUAUAUCAUGCCAGCGUGGCCUCUAAUAAACCAGACUUGAGCUGAAGGAAAACUGUCUUUUUCUAAAGUUUUGGCAAAGAACAUCCCUUCCUCAGCCAUUGGAGAAAGAUUUGUUUGCCAAGACCUAAUCUAAACGUCCUUGACCUAUUGACCUGAUUCUUCCCUUAUCUAAAACAGACUUUUACUGACCUCUACUUCUAAGGCUGUGAGCUGAGGACUCCAUAUCCCUGUGCAAUUGCUGAAUCUCAUCGUUGUUAAUCAUGUAUAUAUUUGUGUGUGUGUAUGGGAGAGACAGAAAGUCAGAGACAUUAUUUUUAAAAUUGAUUAUCUCUGCCUAUGGAAAAUAACUUAAUAUGAAUUUGUAAACUUGAACUUGUACUUGUCCGAAUGAGUAAAGCACACUGCAGUCCAGAUGUAAAGAAUUACAACUUCUGGUCUAACAUUUACAUGUUGCAAGACUAUACAGGGCUAGAACUAUUUAAGUACAAAGUUAGGAUAAAUAUUACUUGUUUCAGUGAUUAACUUAUUCACCCCUGAACUUUCAUAAUAAACUAUUUCAACCUUUGAAUUGGAAGAGUUCAAAUGUGUCUUCAGGGGAAAAUGAGUUAAAACCACACUGCAGCCCGGACGUAAAACACGAAGACUUCUGGGAUAAACAUUAUUGAGCUGGCCUUUGAAAAUUAUGUCACCAGACUUCAAGUCCUAAUGAAUGUUUUGUAGAAACUCCAUAUUUAUUUGAUAAUAAGCUAAAUUAUUGUUUUGAUUUGGUAGUUUCAUCUAUGACAGUAAAAUAACCCUGUACACUUUUUAAUUUUUGAUCUGGUCUUUUUAACAUGAGUUACACAUAAAUGUGUUGUCAGGAACACAUGAUUUCAAACUUAGCUAAGACUUAUUUAUUGCAUUGUAAGUUUUUUUAGAGGACACGGAUCAGACUGGACUCAAGUGGAAUGUAUAUAUUUAUUUGUGUUGUUUUUAUGUAUGAUAUAGAUUUAUCUGAAGUGGAAGUUUUGAUGACGCUUGUUGGUCAUGAUUUGACAUUUAUUAAGCAAUACUUGUACAUUAACAGUGUGAUACUUUACAGUGUUUAAACCUUUAACUUUGUAUUUAUGUGUACAGAACAUUUGUAUUGACUACUGUAAAAUCAUAAAUUUUUGUGGGACAUUAAAUUUCGUUUAUU